GGAAUGUAGAGUUUGAGAGAGUGGAAUUAGGGUUUGAGGAGGCAGAGAUGGCGAAGUUCAACGUUGUUCAGAAAAGAAGAAGAGCUCUAGUUGCUGAGCGGAAGAGACUGGUUCACGGCGACCCUACCACCGGCAAGCUUAAGAUCAGAAAGCAGCCUGUUAAUCUAUCCGGCAAACGCAAGCGCAAGCUCUUCAAACAAUGGCGUCGUGAACAAAAAGAUGCCGUAGAGAGUGGCUUGAUUAGCAUGGAAGAUGUUCAAAUGGCUGUUGCUGAAGGGGAAACCAAAGAUAAGAAUGCUAUAUCUUCAGCUAAAUUUCACUUGAAAAAAAAGGGAUUGAAACUUAAACAGCUUAAGGGCAAAGGGAAGAACAAAAGAAAAUCUGAUGUCCCUGCUGCUGAAGUUUCAACUGAUGCAAUGGUGGAGUAAUUUUCAUUGUCUCCUUUGUAGUAUGAGGAUAGAAGAGGCAAAAAUGAGAUGGUAUAAUGUUGUAACCUUGAAUUGAGUGUUUUGGGGUAGGCUGUCUAGAUAUUUUCCUUUUUAUUUAUAUUUUUUAAUGGUAAAAGAAUGGAAGCUUUGAUUUUAUAGUUGAGUUGUUCAAUUGUUGUUAUAUUCCUAGAAGGAAGCUCGCUGAUUUGAUCAACUAACCUUUGGCAAAUGUUAGAUGAAGUACUAUAUUGCACCGGUUUAUCUUUGUCCUUUACUUUAUAUUGGUGAAAGGAAAUCAAAUUAGCAGCUGUUGA